CUAAUAAUUCUACCAGGCAAUUUGUUAAUAGCCGGUGACUUCAAUUACCAUGUGGACAACAGUACUAACCCGGGUACCAUAAAAUUCAAUAAAAUAUUGGAAUCGUUCAAUCUACAACAACACGUGAAUGGGCCAACUCACAAGACGGGUCACACCCUAGAUUUAAUAAUAGCAAGAAUUGGCGAUCGACUGGUGACUAACAUUGAAAUACACGACCCCAUGUUUUCAGAUCAUUCAGCUGUAAGCUGUAUGUUACAGCUUGUGAAACCACCACUGGAACGUGCAGAAAUCCAGUAUCGCAAGCUGCGGAAUAUAAACAUGGAUAGUUUUAACGAAGACCUAGGAAAGUCGAACUUCAGUAGUGACAGUGAGCUACCAACUAUUAUCGAUCAGUACGAAAAGACUUUGGAAGAAACUUUACAGAAACAUGCGCCUUUAAAACGAAGAACUAUUACUCUCCGGCCAUCAGCACCAUGGUAUAACGAGGAAAUUGGUAAAGCCAAAAGACACCGUAGAAGAUUCGAGCGUCGUUGGCGAGCAUCUAGUCGAUCUAGACUGUGCAUUGACAAAGAGAUAUAUAUUAAACAAUGUCAGAUAGUGAAUGAUAUGAUCAAGGAAGCGAAGACAACAUAUUACUCCUCCGCCAUUUCUAAUAAUAAAUAUAAUCAGAAAGUAUUGUUUGAUACAGUCGACAAACUACUUCACAGAAAACCAGAGAAAUGUUAUCCAACUACAUCAUAGUUAAUAAUUUUGGGGACUUCUUUAGUAACAAGAUAGCAGUUUUACGUAGUGAUUUGGCCAAUAUAUCCACCUAUGACAAUCAGUUGAGACCAGCGGAACUGUUGACACAAUGCGUUGAGUUUAGAGUCUUUCAAACGGUAACGGAGCAAGAAGUCGAAAAUAUUGUUGACGCGAAUGGCAAAAAAUCCUGUGAACUCGACCCUAUACCUGCAACAAUUCUUAAAGGCUGUAAAAAGACUCUACUACCUACGUUUACUAACAUCAUCAACAAGUCACUCGAAACUGGAUGCAUGCCUGUACAACUCAAAGAGGCUAUGUUAAAACCUAAGCUGAAGAAAAGCAAUUUGGAGUUCGAAGAACACUCAAACUUCAGACCAAUUUCAAAUCUUAAAUUUCUAUCUAAGAUAAUCGAGAAAGCUGUUGCUACUCAACUCAUGGAACAUUUAUUCAAUAAUAACUUAGAAGAACCUCUCCAAUCAGCAUAUAAACGCUUCCACAGUACCGAAGCGGCCCUGCUUAAAGUUCAGAAUGACAUUCUUAUCGCUAUUGACAAUCAGAAAUGUGUAGUUUUGCUGUUGUUGGACAUGUCAGCCGCGUUCGACACAGUUGACCAUGAAAUCCUAUUGGAACGAAUGUCAAAACGGUUUGGAAUUAAAGACAAGGUGCUAGAAUGGUUUCAGUCCUACCUUCAAAACAGGACACAAACUGUGAUGAUUGAUGGCGUUAAAUCUGCUGCUAAAGAUCUAAAUUGCGGAGUUCCGCAAGGCUCGGUUCUGGGCCCUAUUUUGUACCUGUUAUACACCUCGCCCAUUGGAGAUAUUAUUAGACGUCAUGAACUUGACUUUCAUUUCUAUGCUGAUGAUUCGCAACUAUAUCUUGCUUUUGAGCCAACUACAGAUGAACAACCGGGUGCACUUGUGCGAAUAGAAACAUGCGUUAGAGAGAUCGACUCGUGGAUGGUUAGUAAUAAAUUGAAGCUAAAUGGAGACAAGACAGAGUUGUUAGUAAUAAAUGCACGCCAUCGCCCAUGCCCGCUUAUAGAUCAUAUAGAUAUAUCCAAUUUUAAAAUCCAACCAUCUGAAACAGCUAGUAACAUUGGCGUAACAUUCGACCGACAUAUGUCUCUAGAUCAACAUGUGACUAAUAUCUGCAAGACAUGUUUCUUUCAUUUGCGUAAAAUAGCAAAGAUAAGAGCUUAUAUCUACAGCAGACACUGAAACUCUGGUCCACUCAUUUAUUACUUCUAAACUGGAUAGCUGUAAUUCUCUGCUAUAUGGGUUGCCAAAACUCAUGAUUGAUCGAUUACAAAAUGUGCAGAACAGUGCAGCGCGUUUGAUAGCAAGACGUAGAAAAUUUGAUCAUAUCACCCCUGUUAUGAAAGAACUGCACUUGCUUCCCGUAAGCCAACGUAUCAUUUACAAGAUACUUCUCAUCACCUACAAAGCUCUGAAUGGUCUUGCACCAAGCUACAUUAGGGAUAUGCUACAACCGCAAAAAUCAACAAUGAAUGUACGUUCAUCGAUGAAAGGACUACUCUCAGUACCCCCCACAAAGUUGGACAACUAUGGUCAAAGAUCAUUUUCAUAUGCAGCACCAAAACUAUGGAAUGAACUUCCAGAUUCAGUACGACAUAGUGAAUCGAUAUCUAUUUUUAAAACAAAAUUGAAGACAUAUCAAUUUAAAAAUUUUUAUAAGUAAUUGACACUAGUUUUACCAAUUUUAACUAUUGCUAGUUGUAUCUAUCUAACUGAAUUUUUAUCUUAUUCACUUCUUAUAUUGAUGCUAUAUGAUGCUAUAUGAUACUAUAUGAUGCUAUAUGAUAGUAUAUGAUGCUAUAUGAUAGUAUAUGAUAGUAUAUGAUGCUAUAUGAUGUUAUAUGAUGCUAUAUGAUGCUAUAUGAUAGUAUAUGAUGCUAUAUGAUAGUAUAUGAUUCUAUAUGGUGUUAUAUGAUGCUAUAUGAUGUUAUAUGAUAGUAUAUGAUGCUAUAUGAUAGUAUAUGAUGCUAUAUGAUAGUAUAUCAUGCUAUAUGAUAGUAUAUGAUAGUAUAUGAUGCUAUAUGA